ACUCCAAAGAUUUAACUAGGCCUCUUUUACUCCCACUCUCAGAUUCCCACGCAAAGGGAGGCGUCGUCGUGUGUUCGUGUGUUUUUUAAAUUAUUAUUGCUGUUAACAUUGGCUGAGCUACUUUAAAAAAAAAAGCCUUUCGCUGGGCGAGGAAUUUUAAAGUCGGAAAUCGUUAGGUUUGGCAGGCUUUUGCUUUGUGUACACUGAGUGCAGAACUCCGUAUUGAACCAGCUGCAAGUCAGAAGUUUGCAUACUCCCACGCCCCUUGGGAGUGACUCAUGCCACUACUUCCCCUUUUCCUCCCAGCCGUCCAGAGAUGCCUUUUGCAUUUCUGCCCUUUUUUUUUUACCCAGAGAGCCCCUCUCAGUAGGCCUUGCUCUGCUCUGCCCUGCAGCCAUGGAGUUUAGGAUGAAGUGAUGGAGCUGUUUUGGGUCUUGGUUUUUUUUUUUAAAAAAUAAUAAUAGCAACCCUUUGAGUAUUUUCAUGACAGAGAGGUUUUUUUUUAAGAUGUCCAGCCGCCUUAAGACUCUUGUUAAGGGGAAGCUGAAAAAAAAAUUGUAAACAGAUCUCUGGUAUUUAUUUAAGAUGAAUUUCCGAGGCUUGAAAUCCGGUUGGUUUUUGCAUCAUUGGCAUGAGGAAGUGGCCAAGGCAGUGCGGGAUCAUGAUAUUUCAGAAGACAUGGUUGUUAUCAAGACUGAGAAGGUAGAUGAAGGCUGCAGUAAUGAUGGAGGAAACUGUGAGGCCCAUGAGUCUCAGCCUUCUCCUCUGGCCCUGCUAGCAGCCACAUGCAGCAGGAUUGAAUCUCCCAAUGACAACUCUGAUGGUUUACAGGUGCAACAGGGAGGCUCAAGUGAAUUGGACCUUGCUUCUGCAACUCAAAUCUCCCAAGGUGCAAAUGGCUGGCAAAUAAUUUCCACUACUUCUGGAACUGAUUCUCCUAAAGAUCUGGGGAAUAACUGCAAUGAAGACAAUGAUUCAUCAUCCAAAAACCGAGCUGCCACCACAGGGCAGUAUGUGGUUACCACCUCAAAUAUGCAGAACCAACAAGUUCUGACGGGCUUAUCAGGAAUGUUGCCGAAUAUUCAGUAUCAGGUGAUCCCCCAGUUUCAAACUGUGGAUGGUCAACAGUUGCAGUUUGCCACUGCUCCCACUCAACUUAGUGUCCAGCAAGAUUCCUCUGGCCAACUGCAGAUAAUUCCAGGAACUAACCAGCAGCUUAUUACAAACAGGUCUGGCACAGGCAAUAUCUUGGCUGCCAUGCCAAAUCUUUUGCAGCAGGCUGUCCCCAUUCAGGGAGUAAAUGCUCUCUCAGGGCAAACCCAGUAUGUCACUAAUGUACCACUGGCUUUGAACGGCAAUAUCACCUUAUUGCCUGUCAACAGCAUUGCUGCCAGUUUGGCCCCCACUUCCCAGUCAGUUACUCUAAGCAAUUCUAGCUCUCCAGAGAAUAGCUCUCAGCCAGUUUCUGUCACAUCAAUCAGUUCCUCCAGCGUGGCUGCGACUCAAACCAGUACUGCCUCUUUUUUCACCAAUGCUAACAACUACAGUGCCACUACCACCACCAGUAAUUUGGGCAUCAUGAAUUUUUCCACUAGUGGCAGUCUGGGAACAAAUGUUCAGGUGCAGAGGACAAACAGCACUCAGAAUGCCGAUGCUGUGCAAGUUGCAGUCCAACAAGGACAACAGAAAGAUAUUGAUCAAAACCACCAGCACCAGCAGAUCCUAGUGCAGCCCCAACUUGUUCAAGGAGGACAAGGCAGCCAGACCUUUGCUCCUCAAGAUGCCCUGCAGAACCUGCAGAUCCAGGCACUCUCCAAUGCUGGUCCAAUCUUUAUUCGAACGCCCACUGUAGGGCCAAAUGGACAAGUCAGCUGGCAAACUAUUCAGCUUCAAAAUCUUCAGGUCCAGAAUCCGCAAGCUCAGACAAUCGCUUUGGCUCCCGUGCAGGGGGUGUCCCUGGGGCAGACAGGCACCAGCACAACACUCACACCAAUAGCUUCUGCCUCGCUGCCCAGUGGCACAGUCACUGUAAAUGCCGCUCAGCUAUCCUCUGUACCGGGCCUUCAGACCAUCAACCUUGGUGCCCUGGGAUCUGGCAUCCAAGUUCAUCAGCUGCAAGGGCUCCCUCUCACCAUAGCCAAUGCCACUGGUGAUCAUAAUGCCCAUCUUAGCCUCCAUGGUACUGCUGGAGAUGGGCUGGCUGAUGAUGGAACCACUCUGGAAGAAGGGGACGGCAGUCCGGAUGCCCAGCCACAACAAGUCCGAAGAAUGCGCAGAGAAGCCUGCACUUGCCCUUAUUGCAAAGACAGUGAUGGCAGAGGCUCUGGGGACCCUGGCAAAAAGAAGCAGCACAUCUGCCACAUCCCAGGCUGUGGGAAAGUGUAUGGGAAGACAUCUCAUCUGCGAGCUCACCUCCGAUGGCAUACUGGUGAACGGCCAUUUGUUUGCUCAUGGACGUAUUGUGGCAAGCGUUUCACACGCAGUGAUGAGCUACAACGACACAAGCGAACACACACUGGAGAGAAAAAAUUUGCCUGUCCUGAGUGUCCCAAGCGCUUCAUGAGGAGCGAUCAUCUUUCUAAGCACAUCAAGACCCACCAAAACAAGAAGGCAGGCGCACCUAACAAUGUGGCUAUGGACGUCUCUGCAGUCGCCAUUGAUGCGAAUGCUUCUGCCGAGGGCACCGGUGGGGCAACCCCUUCGACCCUCAUUGCAACCAAUAUGGUGGCCAUGGAAGCCAUCUGCCCAGAAGGCAUCGCACGCCUUGCAAGCAGUGGCAUCAAUGUCAUGCAAGUGGCUGAUCUCCAGUCGAUCAACAUCAGUGGCAAUGGAUUCUGAGGAUCUACCUGAUCUUGUAAAAAUGUGUGGAUUCUCAAGAUCCAAGAGAUGCCUUUCAUUACAGAAGUGUGACAGAAGAUGGGGACUCAGUUGCCACAUCCAGCUUUCAGAUACUAUUUCUGUCUCCCAGGAAUAUUGUGUGCAGAAUAAGGUCUGCUUGCUGUAUAGGUCAGCCUGGUGAUGCCUAGAGUGAAUACUUGGGAAAUGGGGAUGGUCCAGGACUGAUUGAUUAAUUUUUAUUUUUGCUUUUUCUUCCCUUCCCCAUUAGGUCUCUUCACCUUUAUUAAGUACCCCAAUGCCAUCAUGCCUUGGUUCUAAAUGUAUAUGAUCAUUGAAAUACUUUUUAGCAGAAAAAAAAAUCUAUAUUAUUAUUGUUAUUAUUGUAAUUAUAUAAAAUUAUAAAAUAUGUUCUUUUGAAUGAAAGAGAUUAAAAAGUGCUGCAACCAAAGUCUUUGGUUGUAGUUCAAAUGCCUUAACUUGGAAUUUAUUGAGCUGUUAAACGGCGCUCAGGCUUAUGUUCAGAUGCUAUAUUGCAUUUUAAUUGUAACUAUAAAAAUAUGAAAUUCAGCUUUUCUUAUGGUUAACUUUUAGAUUUGUCUUCCUUCUCUCCCUCCCCCCUCCAUGUUCUCUUCCCCUACUUGAUUAGACUCUCAUACCUAUCUGUACCUUUUUUUAAAAAGUUACUUCCUGCUAAUUUCCUUUUUUUCUAUAUAUGGAGAAAGGAGUGUCUAUUUAAGUCCCCGUCAUCUUUUUUUCUACCCAAAGUUGUAGGGUCCAUGACCCACUGUGUGUUCUGAACUCGCAAGGGAAAAUGAGCCUAGGAAAGAUGAAAACGUUACGUUCCUUGCCUUCCAAAUGCAUGAAUUCAACUUUUAGCCCAAGGGGAAUUCUUUUCAGUUCCUAGUGUAAAGCCUCUUUUUAAUCCUCUUUGUUUAAAAGUAUUUGUGCAUGCAUACGAUCCAGGAGAUCCACUCUAAGAACACCAGGAAACUUAAGGGUGUGGUGGAGAGGUCUUUAUAUGUGUUAUGGCUCAACUCAAGCCAUUUUACUACAGUGCAAGUUGGAACUAUGGUAUUGGACUCUGUUGUGCUUUGUUUAAGAUCUUGACAAAUGCUAUGGCCAUGUAGUUAAAGGGGGGGAAAUGUAAGUUUGGGUUCUUUUAGCUUGAGAUAUUGCAUUGCUGUGAAACACUAAGGGAUUUGCCCAGUUCUUUCCAAAUUGACAAAUGAUCCAAUAUUUGGCUCAGUUGCUGGGCCCUCCAUUGAGAAUAAAUUAUGAAUUGGCUUUUGUAUCUUCUAUUUGUAACUUCUUUUUUUAGCAAUUUAGUGCUUGCUAGCCAGCUUGCUCCCUUUACGAGGUUACACAUGAGAACAAUUAUUAUGAGGAAAUUGGAACAAAGGGAACUAAAGUGGAAGUUCAAAUACCAAAGAAAUAAGUGAAGAAGGCCAGUGCUUACAAGAUUUUUUUUUUUUUAAGUGAUGGGGAGUGAUGCUUGAGUAUUUGCGGAAUCUCUGUUAAGGAAUGGGGCCUUGUGACACUCACCUCCACCCCAGUAAGUCUUCAGACAGUUCCGGCAUUGUUCUUAAAAUCUCUUUGUGUUUAGUGUGAACCAGUUAGACAAAUUGUUCAGAACCUUACCAGAUUGUUCAGCUGAUCAGUCCUAUGUCCUUUUCCCUUUGCUACUUAAACAAGGCAGCUCCUCAGUUAGCAUGACCGAUUUUCUUUUAUUAAAGUUUUGAGGGAAAUAUUUAAUUGUUACAUAGCCUUCAUGAAGCUCCUGCCUCUUACAUUCUUCAGUGCUGCUCAUGUGCAUGGUGAAUUUCUAUGCCCCAGAAAAUUUACAAAAGGGUCCAUGAAUUGUUGCUGGGGUAUUAUAGCUAGCCAUUUACAUGUUGCUUCCGUUGCUUUGCUCUGAAGUUCUCUCAUCAUUUCUCACAUCACUCCUUUCAGUAGCAUAAAAGCCAGUUUAUUUUUUAUUUUUCUUUGCCUUCAGUAUAAAGUGUUGUGUUGGUAACAUUUUGAUGCCUCUCUUGCCAUGUCCUGUUCUGUUUUCCUUUUAUUGUGUUGACCACCCUCCUCUCUGCCUUCAUCUGGAGCCGUACCAGAAUCAUAUGAUUUAUAAUAUGUAUGUUACAGUGGUUUAGCAGAGCUGUAUUACGACAUCAUUUUCAUCAGGGACAGGGAGAAAAUAUCAUUUUUCCUUCCUCAGGAAAACGCUGGAGUUAAAAUUAAUGGUCCCCAAAAUUGUCCAGGUGCCUGCAUCUGCGGAUCCUUGGAGUCCCUUACCUAGAGUUGGAUAGCGUUUUCACGAUCUUGUGUUUUUGAGUUUUUAAAAAGAAUAUUCUUGUUUCACAAAUGCUGCUUGUUGAGCUGAGAGAGGAUGGAAACAAGACCAAAAAGCAUAAGUAUCUUAAAGCAUAUCAAAAACAAGAAAGCCGUGGUGUAAAUUGUUGACUUCUGUAGCGCUUGUGAAUUAUUUGCACUGGUGAACUGAUUUUGCUCAACCUCUUUUGGGUGAGGUGAACUUUAUCACUCCUUGCUUAGCCUUUUCCCUUUUUCUCUACAAUUUCUCCAUUCGUUUUGAGGGAUUGGAUUGGGAAGGGCAGACUUAUACCAGUAAUAUAAGAAACAUACAACAAAUAUAAAGCAAUGUACAACUAGGAGGACUCAGUAAGUAUGUAACUCAAGCAUUUUAUUAAGAAAGAGUUUCCUUGUCACAGAAGUAGGGAUUUGUGAUCUUCCGGGUAUUGCUGUUAGAUCAGAGAUAAAGCAGAUUGUAUUCCUUAUACAGUGCAAACUCAGAAGCAAGAGAAUGUUUUAGGGUCUUGGAAUUGGAUGUUCCAGAGACUUAAGGAUUGUAAUAGCCUGAUAGAAGAUGACUUUUACUAUGAUAGGUUCCAAGUACUGUAAUACCAUUACUGAAAUAAUUGGAUACAAGUAUUAUUUGCCAUAGUGAAGGGAGCUCGAUGUUCCAGAUAAAUUUAGUCCCAUAUAGUAUACAGCAAUAAAUGAAUUGCCCCAUACCUCAGGCUGCUGGCUUAUUCCUGCUAUUUUAAAACUCUUGCUUUAAGAUUGUCUUAGGGGCAGUUAUUUCUGGGGUUGGUGGAUGGGAGAGCAGUAUGAUACCUAUGAUGCCCAAGUUGUCAUUUGAUUCUCAAAUUUGGGAAAGGAGAAAUACGUUUUUAAGAAAAAGUAAAAAUGCUCCAGAUCUCAUGACAUUUUUGUUUAUACCUCCCAAACACCCACAGACUUAUUAUACACGCAACAUGUAUAUGCUUAUGAAGGAUUGCAGGAUAGAUAGCUAUUCUUUCAGAAAGUGGGAACCAAUUCUUUUUUUUCUUUAAACUUCCCUAUAAUGCCAGAUCGUGCUUGUUAAUGGCAUCCAUUCUCAAGUAUCUGUUUUCCUAGCAGAUGUGGUGUUAAUGGAAUGCUGUUAUGACCUCACCGUUUUUCUUCUGCUACAGCAAAGACCACUAGCUUUUUCUCAAGUGCUACACUGGUCUGCAUAAAAGCCUGUCUCUAUUCACAUUUACACCUUUCCGCAACUGAGGAAAAGGCAUCCUUUUUAAAAAUGCACUGGGCGGUUCUUGUUAUUUUGAACAUUACUUUCACUCAGUUCAGUGUGACUUGUAGAAAGAAGGAAUCCAUCUAUAAUCUGUAAAUGAUUUUUUUUUUGUCUUGACAGACUUUCUGAGUCUGGUAUCUCAGGUUGGCCAUCACAGAAGAUUUAUGAGUCUCUCUCUUCUCUGCUCCUGUUUGUUUUCUAAAGAGCAAUAUUUAGUUUACAGCUAUUGCUACAAACUAAGGAAGCCAGAAGGAGGGUUCCUAGUUAGUGAUAGAAAUUCAAUAAAUCUGUGAAGGGUGAACCCUUAAGGAAAGGGAAGAUGCUAUUAUAAAUCUCUUUAAUUUCAAAGGGCAGGAAUAAGGAGGAAGGGUGAGCAUUUUUAUUUGUAAUAAUCUAAAUCUGGAAAAUGAGCUGGGUGCAUGGAAGAAUUCUGUUUGGGGAAUACUGGGGAUUUUAGGUCCCUUGAUAGAUGGCAGUAUUUAUUUCUCCUAAGUUGUGUAAAUAUUAUCUCAUUGCAGCACCUGGCAACAA